AUAGAGCUCUCUCUCUCUCUCUCUCUCUGUUCCUUUCUCUCUCCUUUAUCCUCUCACCACCGAACAACGACAAGCCGCUUCUUCCACUGUGAUUUCUGAAUACUCAGUCGCAUCCACCGAUUUGGAGAGGAGCAUAAGAAAAGCGAAGGAGCUGAAAAAUGGGUUUUUGCGCAAAUGCAAUUGCUCCCAGUAGCAGUGGGAGUGCGUGGAACAUGGGGUCUCUGAACUCAGCCCUUCCUUCCGUUUCUUCUUCUUCUUCUUCGCUGCGCUUUCCCGUGGCUUCUGCAAAUUUCCCAUCUUUCUCUCCCUCUGGGCUCAGACAGUCUCGGCCCAAGCCCAAGGUGGUUCUUCGCUCUUUCUCUGGUCUUGCCCCUGUGUCUACCCAUUUCUUCACCAUUGCUUCUCCAGGAAUGAACAGCUUUGAGCAUUGUUUUACCAUUAUUGACAAUGGUGGGAGGAUUUCUGCCAUGAGACAUGGGAGGCGAGUUCCAAAACUCAAUCGGCCCCCAGACCAACGCCGAGCACUACUGCGAGGUCUUACAACUCAGCUUCUUAAAUAUGGUCGUAUAAAGACUACAAGAGCAAGGGCGAGUGCGAUGAGGAAGUACGUUGACAAGAUGAUCACUCUGGCGAAAGAUGGGUCUCUUCAUAAGCGGAGACAAGCUCUUGGGUUCAUCUACGAGAAGCAGAUUGUCCAUGCCUUGUUUGCUGAGGUUCAGGAGAGGUAUGGGGAGAGGAAUGGAGGUUACACAAGAAUCAUCAGAACUCUGCCCAGGCGAGGGGAUAAUGCACCUAUGGCUUACGUUGAGCUUGUCUAGCUGCUGAUUGUUAUUGCAUCUGCUUGCAACCAAUGUCUUGGAUUUGCUUCCUAAUGACAAUUUUCAGCUAGGAAAUGUAUUUUGUUGUCAAGUCAAACAAAAUUCUUUUUUCUUCUACUUCAAAGAGUUCCCAGAUUUUGCAGUGCUUAACUAUGAAUCUGUGAUAAAAUGGAUGUCAUCUUUGUUGCAAAAG